UGUCGCCGGUAAUCGGCCGCCGUGUUCCAUCUUUGGUUUCUGUCCGCUCGGUGCUUAUUAAUCAGAGGCAUGUGGAAUUGCGCGAGGAUAAGCGACUGUCUGCGCGUGGCGUGUCUGCUGCUGCUGCUGCUGUUCACGACGUGGACCGAGGUGGUCCGUGCUUCAGGCUAUUUCGAGCUGCAGAUGAUGAGUGUGGAGAAUGGGAACGGCGAGCUGUUGGACGGAGAAUGCUGCGACGGCGCGCGGAACUCGCGGGACCAGCGCUGCACGCGCGACGAGUGCGACACCUACUUUAAAGUGUGUUUAAAGGAGUACCAGAGCGAGGUGACCACCACCGGCACGUGCAACUUUGGGAGCGGAUCUACCGGCGUGCUGGGUGGGAAUAUUUUCUCGUUUAAGAACGCCAAUGGUAAAAUCAGUGAAGCGGGCAAGAUCAUCAUCCCUUUUCAAUUCGCCUGGCCGCGAUCCUACACACUCAUCGUGGAGGCCUGGGACUGGGACAACAGCACACAAAACAAUGAGGAGCUACUGAUUGAGCAGCAUGCCCACACGGGUAUGGUUAACCCUGGGGACCACUGGCAGGUCAUAGUGCACCCCGGUGCCACAGCUCGCUUCGAGUACCGCAUCCGCGUCAAAUGCGAUGAGAACUACUACGGCAGCAAGUGCAACAAGCAGUGCCGACCACGCGACGACUACUUCGGCCAUUACCGCUGUGACCCUUCUGGAAAUAUCGUCUGUCUGGAGGGAUGGAUGGGACACGACUGCCGAAAUGCGAUCUGUAAGCAGGGCUGUAAUCUGAUUCACGGAGGCUGCCUGGUGCCCGGCGAAUGCACGUGCAACUAUGGCUGGCAAGGGCAGUUCUGUGACGAGUGUUUGCCCUACCCCGGCUGUGUGCACGGGACCUGCGAGAACCCGUGGCAGUGCAACUGCGAGAAGAACUGGGGUGGAUUGCUGUGUGAUAAAGAUCUGAACUACUGUGGCACGCAUCACCCCUGUGUGAACGGAGGCACCUGUAAGAACUCUGAGCCAAACGAGUACAACUGCGCCUGUCCUGAAGGCUACUCCGGCAAGAACUGUGAGAUAGCUGAGCAUGCCUGCAUGUCCAACCCGUGCGCCAAUGGUGGCACCUGUCAUGAAGUUCCAUCUGGGUUCGAGUGCCAGUGUCCACCAGGCUGGGAAGGUCCCACCUGUGCUAAAGACAUGGACGAGUGUGCGUCCAGUCCCUGUGGCGAGGGAGGAACAUGCAUCGACCUGGAUAAUAGCUUCGAGUGUCUCUGUCCUCCACAGUGGACAGGAAAGACCUGCAAGAUUGAUGUGAAUGAAUGUUUGGGGAAGCCUUGCGUAAAUGCUUACUCUUGCAAAAACUUGAUUCGUGGAUAUCACUGUGACUGCUUUCAAGGAUGGGCUGGACAGAACUGUGACAUCAACAUGAAUGGCUGCCAUGGACAGUGCCAGAACGGAGGGACCUGCAAGGAGGGAGCACGGGGAGGCUACCACUGCCAGUGUCCACCAGGCUUUGUAGGCACCCACUGUGAGAUCCAGAGGAACAAAUGUGCCAGCGGCCCCUGUCAGAACGGUGGUCGCUGCCAUGUGGUGCUCGACAGCUUUGUGUGCGAGUGCCUGCCUGGCUACGCCGGCCCACUGUGCGAGGUCCAAGGCCAAUGGAACUCAAACCCAUGCGAGCCCAACCCGUGUAAGAACGAAGCGACGUGCCACAGUCUGCUGGGGGAUUUCUACUGCGCCUGCCCUGAGGACUACGAGGGCAAAACCUGUGCAGACCGCAAGGACCUCUGCAGGACUGCCCCUUGCCAGGUGAUUGACAGCUGCACAAUCGAAGUGGCGAGUAACACCACAGACGGGGGCAUCAGACGUAUCUCGUCCAACGUUUGCGGCCCUCACGGACAGUGCGUCAGUCAGCCCAGUGGCAACUUCUCCUGUACAUGUGGUGCUGGCUUUACUGGCACUUACUGCCAUGAAAAUGUAAACGACUGUGCGAGUAACCCUUGUCACAAUGGCGGCACCUGCAUUGACGGCGUCAACUCUUUCCAGUGUAUUUGUCUUGAUGGCUGGGAGGGCAGUCUCUGUGACCUCAACGUGAACGAGUGCAGCAGGAAUCCAUGUAAGAACGGCGGGCGCUGUCAAGACCUAGUUAACGACUUCUACUGCGAGUGCGCCGACGGCUGGAUGGGCAAGACCUGCCACUCGCGCGAGAGCCAGUGCGACGCCAGCACCUGCGCCAACGGCGGCACUUGCUUCGACCACGGAGACGCCUUCCGCUGCGCCUGCACGUCCGACUGGGGCGGAAGCACCUGCAACACCGCGAAGAACAGCACGUGUGCCUCCAGUCCGUGUGUUAAUGGAGGAACAUGUGUGGGAGGAGGCGACACUUUUACCUGCAUUUGUAAAGACGGCUGGGAGGGACCCACCUGUGCCCAGAAUACCAAUGACUGCAACCCUCACCCUUGCUAUAACGGAGGAAUCUGCGUGGAUGGCGUGAACUGGUUCCGCUGCCAAUGUGCCCCGGGAUUCGCAGGCCCCGACUGCCGCAUCAACGUUGACGAAUGCCAAUCAUCACCCUGUGCCUACGGAGCCACAUGUGUAGACGAGAUCAAUGGAUUCCGCUGCAUCUGUCCGCUCGGGCGCUCUGGACCUCGAUGCCAGGAGUUUAUCGGCAUAGGGAAGACGUGUCAUUAUUCUGGACUGCAGUUUCCUCAUGGCAGCCGCUGGGAGGAAGACUGCAACACCUGCCAGUGUGUUAACGGCAAAGUGGAGUGCACCAAGGUAGUGUGUGGCAGGCGGCCAUGCCUUCUGCCAGGUGCCCCAGGGAGAGAGCAUCACGCCUGCCCAGGGGGGCGUGAAUGCCUGGAGCACAACUUCCUCACCUGCCUCUCUCCUCCAUGCCACCACUGGGGUUUCUGUUCAAGUCCUGAAGCCCCACCAGCACCUGACACCAAGUGUGAGCCCAACACAGGUUACCUGGAUAACAGCUGUGCCCGCAUUACCCUCAUUUUCAACAGGGACAAACUGCCCACGGGAACAACAGUGGAGAAUGUAUGUUCAGAGCUGAGGUAUCUGCCUGAUACAAGAAGCCUCGCCAAAGAUGAUGCCCUGUUGGUUCUGUGUGAGCUCUCCUACACCAAUCAGGAUGCAGUAGAGGUGGCCAUUUCCUUCCAGCAGGACGAACAGCCUGACCACAGUCGGAUCCAGGAGGCGGCGAGCACCAUCGUCAGCACGCUGUCCAAGCGGCACAACAGCACCAUCAUGCUGGCUGUCAUCGAAGUCAAAGUGGAGACACGGGUCGUGCCCCAGCCUGUGGAUUAUUUGGUUCCUGUGCUCUGUGUGGUGUUCUGUCUCCUCUGGGUCUUCUGCGUGAUCGUCUGCGUGUGGUGGACCCGCAAGCGUCGAAAAGAGCGCGAGAGGGCCGUACCCAUCGAGGAGAGCGUCAACAACCAGUGGGAGCCCCUGCGCCCGGUGUCGCGGCAGCAGCACAAGGACAACCGAGACGCCGAGUACGAACGCGCCAAGCUGAUGGGCAACUCCGAACGGGCGCGCAAAGGCAGCGUGGACGACCAGCUCGAGGAGGAGGAGGAAGAGGACGAGCUGGAGCUUUGUGAGGAAUGGUGCGGGACAGAGGGGAACAAGGUGCCCGUCCAAAAGUACUCAAAAGCCACGGUGCGAGUAAACAGCGAGCUAAUCUGCACCACACAGAGCAGCAAAGUGCCCCACCGGACAGAGCCCAGCUGCAAAGACAACCGCUGGAAAAAAAACAUGAACAACUCAGCUGGCCAAGACCCCAAAGAGCUGUGUGUAUAGACACUAUUGCACAGAGCUGGGCACAAAGAGAGGCUCUUUUGUUCUGGUGAAGAAAACAAAGGCUUUUGAGUUCGAGAGAGAGACAGAGAAUGUUUUUUUUCAUAUUUGUAUUUCCCAUCUUUCAAGUCGGGAAAUUGUUUUCCACUUUCCCUGAAACCUUUUAUUUUUAUUAUUUUUUUUGUACAGAUGAAGCAGAUUUGUUUUACUUUGUAAGAAAAGGCGGAGAGACGGCCACUUUGUGUUUUUUAAAACGUACUGCUGGAACAGAGCAGGGGAAAAUAGAGGAAAAUAUAUAAAAAAUGACUUUUCUGUUGUUGUUUACAAAUGACUUAUGGUUUCGUUUCUAAAAAUGCCAUUGUAUGUUGGCACUGACUUUUUUGGAUGGGGCUGCCAGUGAGGUGCACGCUGGCUAUGGGACAAAAGGAAGAACAACUUUUUGUACAUUUUCCCCCCAUUCAUCUCUUCACCUCUCUUCACUCCACGCCUGCCUUACUCAGCUCGUGGGUCGGUGCCUGCGAAGUGGCCUUGUUUUUUUUCUCGUGUCUGUUAUCUUGGAUGAACGCUCCUUUAAAAAAAACAGGAUUGCAGUAUUUUGAUUUGGUAGCAAGUGCCUUCUGACAAGCGCCUCUCGCUGCCGAGGUCGACCCUGAUAGAUCACUACAAAGGGAGUUCGCCUCCCAUUUCACCACCGAGGUAUUUGAUCAAAGAAAGACAAGAAAUCUGUAAAUAUGUGUAUAUAGUAAAGGAGUCGCUGUGUAUAUUUGAAUUUAGUAAAUUAAGACAAGUCACAAUUUUUAUUACUAUUCUAAUUAUGAUUAAAAUUAUUAUUAUUAUGAUUUCUUUUUUUUUUUUACAAUGCCAUUCCUUUUAUUUAUGCCAGUUGACACAGGCAGGUUUUAUACAAGUAUACAGCAUCCCACAGUCAGAACAGUAAUGUAAUCAAAAGUUCAAGCUUUUUUAUGUUGUUGGUUUUGUUUUCACUUUACAGGGCAAGAAAUUCUAUAAGAUUGUGUGGUAUAUUGUGGCGUGUGUGUUUGCCUCCUUAAAAAAAGUCCCUCUUUCCUUUUUGGUCCAUCCUUAUUGUUCAAGAAUGUUCUGGAAACCUGUGUGUUGAGGCCUAUGUGCCCUGUUCAGUUCAAACGCUGGUCUAAUGAGAUGUGAAACUUUGUUUUUGCUUUUUUCCCGCGUUUUGGUUUGAGGCUUCAUGAAGGGAACAAUUUUGUUGUAAAAGCAGUUUGUGUUCGAGGUACCAACUCCAGACAAAAUGGAUUACCUCAGAAGUGGCUCACUGAUUUUGUUUUUUUUUCCCCAUGUUACUCUCAUGGAUGGCCUCUUGCUUCCAUAUAUGGGAGAAUUCAAAAUAAAAGAAUUAAGAUGUUCUGCUGAA